AUGCUCUCUGACGAUCCGGCCCCGACUAGCUAUGGGCAACAGCAACGAGCUCCCAUAGCCGACAGAAGCCUAGUGGAUGUGGGCACGCAGACAUCCCCUGCACAUCCGGAGCUCUACGUCGUCUCCUACGACGCCCAGAAGUGGUAUCAUGGCGAUACAACCGACACGAUCACCCGUCUGGACGGGAAAACAAUCCACAUUGGUCCGGCCGAGCUCGCCGGCGACAGACAGCUUUUUGGCGUCCUCGGCGUACACGCUUCGCUGGACGCAGCGGGAACGGAGGGGCUUUCGUGGUUGUACAAUCAGCUCAAAGCCGUCGACCCUGACGUCGCCCUACCCAUCCGGUUCAAGACCAUUCCCCCUGUGGGCAAGUGA